GAUGUCUUUCCGAGCGGCUAGCGAUAUACUGACACAAUCGCAAAUAAAAUUUGCGACGCCGACGAAUUCGAUGAACGUAAUUGAAAAUUGCAUCGCGAAAUUGUGUCCAAAAUCUACAUCGUAGAAUUCUCUACUGAGCAUGGGUUCCAUAGAUGCGCCCACUCGAGCCGAGAACGGUUCUUCGAGUCCACUUCUCAACGGCACCGUCAAUGGCCAGGUCGCCGGAAACGGAGCAGUCCAGUCCCUGGCUGUGGAAUCCAACGGAGGAGCCUCGACGGAGAGCGAUGCGUUGAAAAGGCGGAAGGCCAGCAUGCUACCUCUUGAAGUAGGCACGCGCGUGAUGUGCCGCUGGCGAGACUCCAAGUACCACCCUGUAAAAGUCAUCGAACGCCGGAAAGUGUGCGCCGUGGGGAGCAAUGAGUACGAGUACUACGUUCACUACACAGAGUUCAACAGGAGACUUGAUGAAUGGGUUAAACUUGAGCAACUUGAUCUGGAAUCAGUGGAGACUGUUGUGGAUGAGAAGGUGGAGGACAAGGUGACAAGCUUGAAAAUGACACGCCAUCAAAAGCGUAAGAUUGAUGAGACGCAUGUGGAGGGUCAUGAAGAACUUGAUGCUGCUAGCCUGCGAGAACAUGAAGAGUUCACAAAGGUUAAGAACAUUGCAACAAUUGAACUUGGACGAUAUGAGAUUGAGACAUGGUAUUUCUCCCCAUUUCCACCAGAAUACAAUGAUUGUACAAAGCUUUUCUUCUGCGAAUUUUGUCUCAAUUUCAUGAAGCGUAAAGAACAACUUCAGAGACAUAUGAGGAAGUGUGAUCUUAAGCAUCCCCCUGGUGAUGAGAUUUAUCGAAGUGGUACCCUGUCAAUGUUUGAGGUUGAUGGCAAAAAGAAUAAAGUUUAUGGACAGAAUCUUUGCUAUCUGGCAAAGUUAUUUCUUGACCACAAGACACUUUACUAUGAUGUUGACCUGUUCCUGUUUUAUGUUCUUUGUGAAUGUGAUGAUCGAGGGUGCCAUAUGGUUGGCUAUUUUUCUAAGGAAAAACAUUCGGAAGAAUCUUACAAUUUGGCCUGUAUCCUGACUCUUCCACCUUAUCAGAGAAAAGGCUAUGGGAAAUUCCUAAUUGCAUUUUCAUAUGAACUUUCUAAGAAAGAAGGUAAAGUGGGCACUCCAGAAAGACCUCUUUCUGACUUAGGUAUGCUAAGCUACCGGGGUUAUUGGACUCGUGUUUUACUAGAUAUAUUGAAAAAGCACAAGGGCAACAUUUCUAUCAAGGAGCUGAGUGAUAUGACUGCAAUCAAGGCAGAAGACAUUCUAAGCACCCUUCAGGCCUUGGAGCUAAUUCAGUACCGGAAAGGGCAACAUGUCAUCUGUGCUGAUCCCAAGGUGUUGGAUCGUCAUCUAAAAGCUGCUGGCCGAGGUGGUCUGGAAGUGGAUGUUAGCAAAUUGAUAUGGACUCCUUACAAGGAGCAAAGCUAAUUUUAAACUACCUUUCAUCCUUUUACAGCUCCCUCUCUCCCUCCCUUGCCCACCAAGGUGGGAUAUGUACAAAAAAUCCAGGUAAUUAACAUUUGGUCUUUACUCUUUAGGUCAACAACAAUGGUAGGUUUAACAGAAUGCCAAUGCCUUGUACCAAAGAUAUACGCCGUGUACUGUAUGUAAUGCUUGACUAUGGUAUAUAUUCUGUUGAAUGAUUAACAUGUCAUUUUUUUCUUGAGUGACGUGAGAAACUCGCAGCCACUACCUGAGGGUCGGUGUUUACUAGGUAAAAUGUAAUUUUUAAUUGCGUAAGUUGUGGCAGGCAGCACACUUUUUCCCUGUGUUGGUGAAUAAGAUAGGAUUGAAUA